AUGAGUGAUUCAUCUUCAGCUUCAUCACCACCACAACAACAAGAACCACCCGCAAAGGCUUCUUCGUACAAGGUCCUUCCUACUACCCCCACAAACAAUAAUGGCAGUACCAGUGGAGUUCAUUCGCGAUCACGAACAACGAUAAGACCUUUGCCUGGGAGCGGUGGAUCCACACUUGUUGCUGGCCAUCAUCAUCCGAGCUCUUCGCCCACAACCUCCACCAACAACACCAACACCACCACCACUAUGGGAAGACCUUCAUUGCCGGUUUUACCCUCUCAAGAUAAUUUGGGUGCUCAUACACAUCGGUUGGUAUCCACCAUGGUGAAGACAGCUCUGGAUUACGAUCAAUUUGCUCAGGUCAUUACGACGAGUCCAAGCCUCCUUUCUGCCCUUUAUUCACAACGACUUUUGAAUUCUUCAGAAUUGGACGAGAUGGCAUCAGCACUAUAUCAACUUGCAAACGCACUCUCUACCUUGUGUUUUAUGAACAAGGUGUUAAUUGGAAUUGAAUUUGAAAGAGGAACAGAUACAUCUACCACUCCGACUGGAAGCGGUUUGGUGAUCAUGAGAGGGAACACAAUUGCCACUAAAAUAAUGGACAAUAUUGUGAAGUCGGAAGGUGUCGAUUAUUUGAAGAGCAUUCUUUUAGAACCAAUGAAAAAGGUUCUCCUCGACGAGGCUCUUGAUUUAGAAAUUGAUCCGAACAAAUUCGAAUCCAAUGCCAGAAUGGAGUCAGACACUGAUUUGCCAUCCUUGGAAAAUACAAACUUUGAAGGAAAACCUAAUCAUGAGAUGCGAGUAGAAGAAAAUUUGGAAAAUCUGAAUCUGUUUUGUAGAUACUUUUUAGAUCGAAUGUUGUCUCGUGAAGCCUUAGAAUCUAUGCCUUUCAAUAUCCGAUACAUUUGCAAAGUUAUUUAUGAAAUGUGUCGUGACAAGUAUCGAGUCGAAAAUGCUGAAACUCUCAUUGCUAGCUUUGUUUUCCUAAGACUGUUUAAUCCAACCAUUGUUUAUCCAGAGUCAAGAGAAAUAUUACCAACAGAAGUCAAGAUUCAUUCCAAACAACGAAGAAACUUGGUCUUGAUAUCAAAAGUGAUUCAACAAAUCGCAAACGGAUUCGAAUUUGGAGCAAAGGAAACCUUCAUGAUCCCUCUUAAUCCUCUCAUCAAUGAAUACAUUGAGAAAGCCAAAAAAUUCCUUGUGGAAUGUGCAACUCUUGACUGCGAAAUGAAAUUGGAAGCUAUGGAAAAACAAGUACCUGAAAAAGUGAAGAGCAAGGUCAUUUCAAACGACGACAAACUCAUUCAAGAUGCAAUGAACGUUCAAAUGUUGAUCAAGACUCAUGAAAAGACUAUUCUUGAAAAGAACAAUCAAAACUGUAAAGACUUGAUCAAUGUUUUGAACAGAUUGCCAAAAAUUGAAGAGGCGAUCAAAACCGAAAUUAUCAAUCAUUCAUCGAGCAGCAAUAAUAGCAGCAGUAACACACUCACAUCAUCUUCUGUCACAUCAAAGGAAGACAAAAAGUAUCAAGACUCUGAACGAUACUUGGAAUUACUUGAGAAAGCCAAACAAGAGGAUGUCAGAGAUUUAGAAGCCAUGAACGUCCUCACAUGCAGACACACCGAUCCACAAGGACGUCCAGUUGUCAUCUUCUCUGAAGAGAAGAUUAGAAAAGAAGACUUGGAAAGAACUCUCCUUUACAUGAUUGCCAAGUUGGACAAGGUCGUAGAAAAUGACUAUGUCAUGAUAUGGUGUGUGAGUAACUCGACAUCACAAGCUCGCCCCGGAUUUUCAUGGAUGUUAAACGUUUAUAGAACCAUUACUAGAAAAUACAAGAAGAAUCUCAAGUCUUUGUACAUUCUUCAUCCAACCAUGAUGAUUAAGGUCAUUAUGAAAUGUUUCUCUCCAUUUGUGAGUGAAAAAUUCUGGAAAAAACUUCAUCUCGUAGAUUCUAUUCAAGACAUUUACAAAGAUAUUCCAGAAGAGACUCUCCCAUUACCACCAACCACAGUUGCAUACGAUAUCAUGCAAAAUAAUAUUAAGAGUAAUCAAUAUGCUCUCUUUGGAGUUCCACUUGAAGACGUAAUGACCAAUCGAAAGGAUUGUAUUGGAAAUCUAGUUCCAACUCCAAUCAAGAAAUGUAUGGACUUUAUGAGAAACCAUCAUGCAGACACACGAGGUAUUUUCAGAAUUAGUGGAAACCAAGCUACUGUUAAUCAACUCAAGAUUUUAUUGAAUCAUGGCUCGAAUGUGGAUUUGCACCAUGUCGAUUGCCACGUUCUUUCAAGUUUGAUUAAGCUCUUCUUCCGUGAGUUACCUGAUCCUCUUUUCAAGUAUUCAAUAUAUGAUGAAAUUAUUAAUGCUGUGAAAGAGGCUGGAAGUUCUACGUCAAUCAUUAUUGAAAGGUUAAAGAUCAUUAUUGCCAAGUUGCCUCAAUAUCAUUUUGAAUUAGCAAAGGAAUUAUUUUCUCUCUUGUAUUAUCUUCAAACCCUUUCUGAAGAAAACAUGAUGAAUGCACAUAAUUUGGCAAUUGUUUUUGGUCCAAAUAUUAUUAGAUCUAACAGCCCUAAUCCUUUAUUGGCACUUCAAGAUAAUGGACCUUUGACAUAUGCCACGGAAAUAAUGAUUUGCUAUUACGAUCAAUUAUUCACUACCAAUCAAAGCGUUAUUAUUGAAAACAACGCACGACCUGUUUCUCGAAAUCAUCGCCCUCAAGCACUUAACGAUGGAGAUUUGGAAAAAUUGAAAAGUUUGAACUUUGAUCAGCAAUAG